AAAAUUGAUUUUCCUCCUACUUCCUUCGCUUCCCUUUCCAUUACUCUCUGUCCAUGCAUACUAUCAGGGGGGGAAGAAUCAUAAGGGCAGAGGUUACAAGAAUCAAGAAGAAGCAUGUGCUGAUCACUCUAUUGAACAACACUUGAGACCAUUUACCAUACAGUAUACAUUGCUUGCAUUGCUCGCUUCUUUCUUUCUGCAACAAAAUCUAGAUCCAAAAAUUACAAGAACCAUCAAAACAUGCCACCUAACAAAAAUAUCAAAAUAAAUUGAAUUUGAAAGGCUGCCUAUAUAGCUAAUACUGCUUUGUUCCUUCCACUUAACGUUACUUCAUUAACAAAAUGAAUCCAAUUUCACCUGACAAACCAAUCCCACAAUGCAGAUUCACAGAAGUCUCCUCCUCUUCUUUUUCUCUAUUCUCAGCAUUUCAUUUCUUUUCUUCACCAAUAUCCAAGGUACGUGUGUGUCUGUGUGUGUGUGUGUGUGUGUGUGUGUGUGUGUGUGUGUGUAUAUAACUGAACAAUCAACCUUAAUUCUCAAAAAUUGUAAUUCCUUUAUAGGUUUCGAGCCAGCACCGGCACCGAUUUACGCCUUCCACGCUGAAUCACCGUCGGUAAGAUUCUCUCCUCCUGCACCCGAUUCUAGAGAUGGGAAUGCAUCUCCGAUCGCUGGAUUCUCUCCGCAAUCAACGGAAUCGCAAGCCCCGGUAUACGGCUUCAACGCUGAAUCACCGUCUGUAAGAUUUUCUUCUCCUGCACCUGAUUCUAGAGACAGCAAUGCAUCCCCGAUCGCUGGAUUCUCUCCGCUCUCACCGGAAUCGCAAGCGCCAGCAACGGUGGAGAAGAGUGCAGGAUUGGAGGUAACUCCGUCGCCGGCGCCAGUGGAGGAGGAGGAGGAGAAUGCUGCGGAAGAGGAAGGAUCAGAGAGGGUGAUCAGGUGGUGCACUGGGAGAGAUGAGGUGGAGGAGUGUCAGUCUUUGGUCAGUGUCUUGAAGGAAACUGACGACUACACGUGGACAUGUAUAAACAAAGAUACGACUCAGGAGUGUCUUGAAUCAAUAAAAAAUGGAGAAGCAGAUUUAAUGAAUUUAGAAGCAGGGAUGGCCUACAUUGCAUUCACAACUUACUCAAUGAAAGCCAUUGCCAAUGAAGUAUACUGUGAUCAAGCAAAAAGCUAUGAUGCCGUGGUACUAGUAAACAGAAAAUCAUGCCAGGAAAAGGAGGAUAUCAGUUUAAUGGAUUUUAAAGGCCACAAAUCUUGCCAUGGAGGUCACUCUACAGCUGCUGGUUGGAACUAUCCAAUUAAUCAUAUCAACAGAUUUUUUGGUUCAGAAGAAAUGAAUGAUCAAGAAAUUGCAACAAAGUUUUUCUCCAAGGUUUGUGCUCCUUCUCAGUUUGAAGGAGAAGGUGUUUGUAGUGGGUGUGAAAAGGAGAAUGGCACAUGUGCUUUGGGUUCUAACAAUUUGUACUUUGGCCAUUCUGGAGCAUUUCGUUGCCUUGUUGAGGAAUUGGGAGAUCUUGCAUUUGUCAGAGGAGAUACUGCUCUUUUGUACUCUAUGGAGGGGCCUUAUAAUCAAUCUUGGUCGAAGAAGUCAGUCCGAGACUUCAUGUAUCUUUGUCCAAAAGGGGGCUGCAGAGAAAUCAAUGGCUAUCCUGGAUCUUGUUCAUUUGGAGCAGUCCCUGCAAAUGUCAUCAUGGCAAGUAAUUCCAUACGAAAUAAAAAGAAAUUGCUCAUUCUCCAAAGACUGACCAAUGAUACUUGGAGAGAUGCUCUUCAUGCUGGGAAACGAGGUUCCAGCCACUUGCUUAGUCCAAGUAUGCAGCAAUUAGCAGCGGUCAAGAAACUCACUAGGUUAUACCUUGGGAACUCAGCUUUAGUUUCUCAGAACAUACAGAAACUGAAUACUCCCAGAACCCAAGUCAUACAAUCUGUAAAUAAUUCAGAUUCACGUAAAAUAUCUCUGCAUCUUCAUGCAAUCAACAUUCAAUGGUCAUCACCUUUUCCUCGUUUGUAACAAUGCUCAUGUUGAUGGUGUUUACACGCCCAAUUAUGCAAGAGGCCAUUUGAGUUUCUAUAAUGUGAGCACUACAGAGCACAGGUUUACACUUCGCAUAAAGUAGUCUUGUUUUCAAUAAGGAUAAUACAUAGUGAUAAGGAAAAGAAAAUGUACUGUAUUUAGCCAGGUCAAAGUUUUGAACCAAUUAUGUUAUAGUUGAGUGCAUGAUGAAAUUCUAGUUCGAGAAA